AUGCCUGUGGAGCUCUGUGAUUGGCUGCCGCCGCUGUCAAUCAUCGCAACGGGUGUGGGCGAGGAGCAGGCUAAAGUUCACAGCAGUUCAACAGCUUUCAAGGAAACCCGCUUCUCACGCAAACACUGGGCGGAAAAACACGUCUGGAUGAGCCGAGGAGUCCAGCAGUCUUUGUUUUUUCUCGGCCUGCCGGACCUGAAGAAGCUUUGCUGCGUCACUCUGAGUCUGAAGGAGGAAGAUGAAGAGCAGCGGAGCAAACAGAUCAAAACCUGCAGAGAGCUGGUGCUGCUGUACUCUGAUAUCUUGGCCUCUCCCGCUCUGGACUCCUUCAAUGAGAUCACUGCGGUCAUGGCUAUUCUGUUUUUCCAGAAAGGUUUCGUCCAGACGUUUGGACAGAGACGCAGCCUGCAGCUGGGCUCUCCUCAGUGUGUGUUUCCAGGUGUGUUGCAGUGUUGUGUGUCCUACUCUCUGAUCACCAGACUGACUCCCAGCUGGAAUAAAGCCGGACUUUACCUCGUCUCAGGAAAAGACUUUCUGACUGAGAGUAGGAGGCUCAACGCUGUCAGCAUUGAGCUGAGCACCAGUGAGGGUCAGCUGUGUAUCAGCAUUGAAGCCAACACAGUCAGACUGCCUCCAACCACACUGGAGGACUUCGGUCUCCCUCCGUUAGUACUGAGGAGGUUCUGCAGUGAUCCAGACUUCGUCCUCGACCCCUCCUCUAUCGGAGGAGCCGUCUGGUGUCACAUCCUGCCCAGCAUGAAGAAAGGUCAGAUUAUCACCAUCAGCCAUCAGCUUCCCAAAAACGGACCGUUCAGGACCUACAGAGACCUGCAGAACCACUGGAACAGCAUGUACGGUUACAGGCUUCCUGAGCUCGCUGAGGAGGAAGUGCUUUACUGCGGCAUCUACUUCAGACUGGUGGGAGAGAGACUCUUCACUUAUCCUCUGAGCUGCGUCCGCCUGCAGCCGGUGCAGCCUCCCCGGGUCGACCUGCAGGGGGCGCUGGGCUCCUUCCUGUCUGACAUCACCGGCCGGCUGCAGAGUGUGUGUGGCUUUCCUGCACGUCUGACCAGUAAACCCAGUUACCACACGACCAGUCUGAACACUGCAGCGUCAGUGCAGUUGAAUGAAACUCUGCUGGAGGAGGAAAGUUUCUCUGAGCUCAUUGAGAAUCUGAUUUAA